AGGAUUCUGGAUCAAUUAAGGAUAAUCUAACAACCUCUCAUUCUUUUCGUAGUUUGGUAUGUAAAGUCUUAGUAGGAAUAUGAUAAUUUGUUGGAUAAUUUAACUAAUGCUUUUCGUAGUUUACCCUUCAAUGAGAACCACGUAAGUCAAUUAGAAUUUUUCAUUGACAGUAUUCAAUAAUUUGUUGGAUAUUAAAAAAAUAAAAAAAUAAAAAAGGAAAGGGACACACCAAUCGAUUAGAUUUUUUUCAUUGGCUAUAUUCAAUGAUUUAUUGGAUAUAAAAAAUAAAAAAAAUAAAAAAGAGGAAAGGACCACACCAAUACUGUAAUACGUCUUAGAGAGUAGUGGUAUGAAUAUUGAUCUGAUCCAGAUCUUAGCUUCUGCGAAAGGGAAGAAAAGAAGUUGAGAUGAAUAGAUGAAAAUUUCAAUGUGUUCGGAAUACGGAGUGGUACACCAUGUAUUUUUAUACAAGUGGUGAGAUUCUUGUGUUAAAAAAAUUAAUAACAUAAAAAAUAAAAUUUCUCACCACUUACAUAAUAACACAUAAUGUACCAUCUAUAUAACUCACUUUGACUUUCUAGUCCAAUUGGUUGGUAAAUACACGUGAAAAUACUCAUUAUGAAAACGUCACCUGGACAAGUUGUAAACCUGAUGAUGAGACCCGAAUCCCACUUAAAUGUGUAUUAUGUUCUAUAGAGUCUCCUAAGAUUUUUUUUUUUUUUUUUAAAUGAUAAUAGACUAGUAGUACUCUUUUAGGAUAACUAGAAGGUGUGACAAAAAUUAGACGUUUGGCAAAAGCUUCUUGUUAUAAACUUUGAAAAGGGAGUUAUUUUUACCUACUUUUUUUUUUAAUUUAUGACCAAUGGUGUGUAAGUGGAGAAAAAUGUGUUAUUUAUUAUUUUUCAUCUCAAAAGUAUAUUUAAAAAAAAAUAAAAAAAUAAAAAAACUGAAUUGCUUAUGAGACUAUCUAUAAAGUGAAAAGCAUUAGCCAGAGUCAGUUUCACGUGCCAAAGAAAAGUUGACCCACAUUUUCUAUAAAUAGCACAGGAUUGAAGUUGGCUUUCACCACACGAGUAAGACCUCGAAGCUGAGCACUUUCCGAGUUUUCGGUAAAGACCAAAGAGAGAAGAUGAGUCCAUUAGAACGAGCAACCAAAAAAGGGCAUGCGGUUUUUGUCCCAUACCCAGCACAAGGCCAUGUUAACCCCAUGAUGCAAUUGGCCAAGUUUAUUCACUCAAGGGACUUCCACAUAACCUUUGUCAACACCGAGUUCAACCACAACCGUUUAAUCCGAUCAAAAGGUCCCGACUCCGUUAAGGGUCUACCGGACUUUGUGUUCGAGACCAUACCAGACGGGUUGCCUCCUUCGGAUAAGGAUGGAACCCAAGAUGUUCCAACUUUAUGUGACUCCAUUAAGAAAACUUGUCUUGGUCCGUUUAAAGAGCUGGUGACUAAGAUCAAUUCCUCAUCUCAAGUGCCACAAGUUACUUGCAUAGUUGCAGAUGGUACCAUGACCUUUGGGAGCAAAGUUGCUAGAGAAUUAGGCAUUCCGGAGGUUACGUUAUGGACGGCUUCUGCUUGUGGCUUCAUGGGGUACUUGCAAUACAGCGAACUUGUCAAACGUGGCAUUAUUCCGUUCAAAGAUGAGAAUUUCAUGCAUGAUGGCACACUCGAUACACCAACUGAUUGGAUCCCAGGUAUGAAAAAUGUUCGGCUCAAGGACAUCCCAAGUUUCAUUAGAGUUACUGAUCUCAACGACAUAAUGUUUAAUUACUUGGGAUCCGAAGCACUUAACUGUUUGAACUCUUCUGCAAUCAUCUUCAACACAUUUGACGAAUUCGAACGCGAAGUGUUAGAUGUAAUAUCGACAAUGUUCCCCAACAUAUACACCAUCGGCCCCCUUAAUUUGAUUGGCAGGCAUUUCCCCGAAAUCAAGUCACUUAACUCAAACUUAUGGAAAGAAGACACAAAAUGUUUGGAAUGGCUUGAUAAAAAGAAACCCAAUUCAGUUGUGUACGUCAAUUAUGGCAGCGUAACGAUGAUGACAGGCCAACAUUUGAUUGAGUUUGCAUGGGGGCUGGCAAAUAGCAAGCACCCAUUUUUAUGGAUAGUUAGGGCUGACGUGGUAAAGGGCGACUCACCAACGUUGCCUGAGGAAUUUUUGGAGGAGAUUAAGGAUAGGGGUUAUAUUACAGGUUGGUGUGCACAGGACCAAGUGUUGGCUCAUCCAUCUGUUGGGGCUUUCCUAACACACAGUGGUUGGAAUUCUACCAUUGAAACUAUAUCUCAUGGUGUGCCAGUAAUUUGCUGGCCUUUCUUUGCGGAGCAACAAACGAAUUGUCGGUACUCAUGCACAACGUGGGAGAUUGGAAUGGAGGUGAGCCCUGAUGUGAAGCGCCAUGAAAUUGAAGUACUUGUUACGGAAAUGCUGGAAGGAGAAGGAGGGAUGAAGAUGAGGGAAAAGGCAAAGGAAUGGAAGAAAAAAGCUGUUGAAGCUACUGAUGUUGGAGGAUCAUCGUACAAUAAUUUUGAGAGAUUGCUUAAGGAGGCACUCCAACUUGGUGAAUGACUUACUAUGGGUCAGGAACACGUUUGGUCCCUUUUCCUGAACUAUCAUAUAUGCUUUUAUUUACCAGGGAUUUAUCUUAUUUUCAUUUAGUAUUGUCUUUUAAUGUUUAUAUUUGGUAAUUUGGGUCUCAGUUUCUCUAGUUUUUAUAGCCCUUCACUAUAAAUAAACAACUUCACGUGUCGAAGUUCAUCCUUGUCUUCUGUUAUGUCUCUAAUUUUAUAUCUUCUUGCUUCCCUCUAUUUCUCUCGUCUAUCAGUAUGUGAUGCACUCAGAAACCUCAAAUGCAUUGGCUUGGUUCCAUUCAAAUUUAUUCAUUUUCUUGGACAAUUUUGUCCUUUGCGUGUGUGUUGACACCGGAAUUUCAUAAGCAUGAAUCGCAAGUUCAAGCAUGCAACCAAAAAUUCAAGUUGAUCUACAAGGCGAUA